UUGCACUGAGCUGACUUCAGUCUUCGAGAUCUACAGUAGCUAGUAGUAGCUCGUAAAGAAUGAAAAACGAUUCGAGUUUUAUUUAAAUGAUGUUAAUUGUUAUGUCGUAUUUCACAUGUUUGCCGUGAAGUGGGGAGAAGAAGAGCGGAGAUAAAACAAAGCCAUGUUUAUCUACCAGUACCUUCUCGUACCCGUUGUAUUCUUAUUUUCUGCUGCGAACCCUCGAACAAGCUAGAGCACUUUCCGUGUUUCGUUCCGCAUUUUUUUGAAUACAUGUGCAGUAUAAUUUUUGUAUCAGUGUCCGAAGUACACAGUGAUCAGACACACCCUGGUUGGACCUAGGAGCACUGUAGUAGGAUGUUUCCACGAUCUGUUCUCAUCACUGGUGCUAACCGUGGCAUUGGACUGGAAAUGGUCAGGCAAAUGCUGGCCAGCUCGGCUGCCCCGGCAUGCCUUAUAGCAACACAUCGCAGCGGCCCGGGCUCUGGAUCUGUCGUCAGCCUUGAGGAGUUGAAAUCGCGCCACAGCAACCUGCACUUAGUACAGCUGGACGUAGUCAGUGAUCGGUCAAUACAGAGUGCUGCCGAAGUGGUUACGGGCCUCCUCGGAGACACGGGCCUGAACCUGCUUAUAAAUAACAGUGGGUACGCACAGCGCACAACCUGCCUUGGACAAGUCACGAGCGACUCACUCCUCGCUCACUUCCACGUUAAUGCCGUAGGGCCCAUCAUGGUGCUCAAAGCUCUGAAGCCUCUCCUGGAAAAGGCAGCAGUGGCGGCGAGCAGCAAGUCAGAGUAUGGAAUACAGCGUGCCGCGGUCGUGCACAUUGCUAGCACGCUGGGCUCGCUGACCAAUGCUUGCGUGGAGAUGCGCAUGGACGAGUAUAGGGCCAGUAAAGCUGCCCUGAACAUGCUCGGGCGGCAGGUGGGCUUUGAGCUGCUGCAGGCUGGCAUCGUGUCGCUGCUGCUGCACCCAGGAUGGGUGAAGACGGAUAUGGGCACUGAGGAUGCACCGCUCACGCCAAGUGCGUCCGUGGCCAGCAUGUUUGAGCGUAUGGCAGAGCUGAAUAAGGAGAAGAGCGGCACGCUGAUUGACUACACCGGCAGAGUGCUUCCUUGGUAGCAUGCUCCCUAGGUAGAGGGCUCCCUAGGUAGAGUACUCCGAGCCUUGGUACUAGAGUGCUCCCAAGGUGGAGUGUUUCCUUAGUAACAUUCUGCCUUGGCAGUGUGUGCCCUUAGUACCAGUAGCAUGCAAGAUGUGACUUCAGUGUGUUGUUUUGUUGGCUUUUACUUUUAGGUAGGUGGGGGCCAGAUGUUGUUGUUUGUUGUGUGGCUCUCACUAGGAAGCGUAGAACGAGGUCAGUCUCGUAUGAUCAAAGAGACAGCCACAACAUGUUGUCCUUUAUUAGUCUCGAUUGAAUGUUACAGGUAAGGUGCAGAAUGGAACUGAGUGACAAGGCGACACUGGGUUCUGUCUCACUAACUAGUGCAUACUGCAUGUCAAUGUUGGCUCUGUUGGUGGAACGGUCUGUCUACUACAUAUCGUGCGGUUUAGGAUUAGGAGGAAGGGGCUGGCCUCUUUCUGUUUAAAAAAAAAAAAGUGUUUGACAUGUGUACAAGUAUUUUUUUAAACUUUUAUUUGUGUAGAGUGAACAGUGACAUGUCAUGAUCGUCACUCUUGAAAGAGUGGAAGUGGUACUCGUUGGUGCUGAGUCAUUGGCCCUGAACAAGCUGAUCUAUACUGGAACAUCAUCCCAUUUUGCAUUGUCAUACCGACUGAAAUUUAGUCAGAAUGUAGUUACAACACCCAAGACUAAUAAAGUUUUCUUGGAGACAAUUAUUUCUUUUGAACUAUUUCGAUGAGGUCUAUUCUCUUUAGUGAAGUAGUGAAUAAGAACUUGAAGCAUUA